CUUCCGGCCGGGCCCGGACACCUUUGCCUUGGACACCAGCCGCUUCCGGUGUGGGAGGGCUCGGGGCGCGCUAGUUUCCGGUGGGCUUCCGGCUCGGUUGCAACUAUGGCACGUAAGAAGGUGAGGCCGCGGCUGAUCGCUGAGCUGGCCCGCCGCGUUCGUGCCCUGCGCGAGCAGCGGGAGCGGCCGAGCGACUCGCAGCGCUACGCCCUGGACUACGAGACCCUGACGCGGCCGUACACUGGCCACCGGCUCCCAGUGCGCGCCUGGGUCGAUGUGCGCCGCGAGAGCCGCCUCUUCCAGUUGCUCAGCCGCCUGCCGCGCUUCGGCCUGGGCCGCCUAGUCACGCGCAAGUCCUGGCUGUGGCAGCACGACGAUCCGUGCUACUGGCGCCUCACGCGCGUACUGCCCGACUACACGGCGCAGAAUUUGGACCACGGGAAGGCCUGGGGCGUCCUGACCUUCAAAGGGAAGACGGAGAGUGAGGCCCGGCAGAUCCAGCAUGUUAUGCACCACGACUGGCGGGUGGUGCCCAAGCACGAGGAGGAGGCCUUCACAGCAUUCACGCCAGGACCCGAAGACGACGUGCGCCUCGUGCCCUAUCCGCCACUGCUCCGCGCCAUGAUCCUCGCGGAACGGCAGAAAAGUGGGAAUCCUAGCACGGAGGAACCCCUGCUGAGCCUAGAGAGGACGCUCGCGGAUCCUUGGGACUACCCUGAGAAACUGGAGGCCAAGGGCAAGGCCAAGGGCACCCCGGUCUAACGUGCGGGGACCGUGAUGGACACUUAAGAUCCUGCCUUUUGAUGGAGAACGUUGGGGAGACCCUGGCGCCCUGAUACAAGGACCUGACUACGGGGCCCCGAGGCUGUACUGCAGGGAGCAGCGGGCUGGCAGUCAAGACUCCCGGCAGCCCCUUCUCCGCACCUGCGGCCAGAAAUAAACGCUCCAAAUGGC